AUGGCGUCCAGAGGCCGAUUCGCGGCGGAGGCGCUCGCAUCGUUACCGUCCGACAGCAACACGCCACCGGCCGCAGCACCGCUCAUGCCGCCGCCUGCCGGAAUACCUACUGAGCGUGGAUCGCUGGGCUGGCCUCUUCCCGAGCCGCGCGCGCACCGCCGACCCGCCCAACAUCCCGGCGAUCGACCGGUUGGCGGCAGAGGGCGAGGGACCUCGGCGACCUGGCUCGCGCCCGAGACGCCGGUCGCAGCCGCGGCGGCCUGCGGCGGCGCCGAGCAAGACGCGCUGGCCACAGUGUCGCUCGGGGUGGCGGCAGCGACCGAGAAGCUCUUGCGAGCGGCGGAGGAGAGUGGCGCUGCGCAGCAGCAGCUGGAGGCGGCGGUGGAGGCGUUGACGGCGGCGAGCUCGCACCAGGAGCGGCUGGAGCGGCUGGAGGCAUCUUUUCUGGCACAGGCCGAGGCCAUCCGCACCGAGCUGACGACCGCG